AUGCCGGCGCCAUUCCCCGACGACGGAUCCAUUGUGGAUCAGAACCGUGUUGGCCAGAGCCUCGUGAUCGAGUACCGCAAGAUCGAUCAGACGCGGCGAGCCGCAGCUUCAACGUUGAUGGGCAAUGGCGACAUGCAAGAGUUUGUCAACCGCAUCCGCCACCAUCGAGGAGCGAGGCCAGUCGGCGACGGCCACCUGCUGCCUGCAGCCGAGGCCCCUCGCAUCGCCGUGCUGAUCGACGCCGCUCGUCGCGCCCCGGAAGCUCCCGUCUUCCUGCGAUACGCAGGGGUAACAGCCGCGACUACACCAUCUGCGCGCAACCAAGCCGACCUCCUCUUCACGGGGACCUUUUGGUCCAACCUGACGGCGGUGCUGGAGCUCACGCCCAAGGUCUUCUCCCUCGAAGGUGCGCACCGUAACAAGACAACCGCUUACGCUGCAGAGAUCCGUGUCCCCGUCUCAAGUGCCGAACACCGUGCCCGGAUCGACCUCCAGGACAUUGAGCGCGCCCUCGUCGCGGCUGUCUUUCCCCUUUGCGGCAACAGCGCCCCAGGGGGGCUCCACCACCAGCCAGAUCUCUCGCCGUACGAAGCAGUGCCCUUGCCGCGGUUCGAUGUGGAGGACGACAAGACUGCAGAGAGGUUGCGUGCGCUCAACCUGCAGAUCAAUCAGCAUCAUGACGACGCUCGCAAGAUCUGGUCAUCGGUGAGCAGGAAAGGCAUCUCGGAUGCCGCGGCCGAGGAUGCGCGCCGGAACGCACAAGUGACGGAGCUAUAUCAAGGAGGCGUGGGUAUAGACUCGUAUGGCAGUGUGCUGCACUAUAAGGGUAUGGAGCAAUUCGCAAGAAGCCUCAUCAGGCCUUCGUAG